GACUCUCAAGCAACCCUUUUCUUUUCCUUCUUCCCAACAAUUUAUCUGUUUUUCUACUUUAAUUUUGUUCCGUAUCUGUAUUUAAUCUUUAAGGUAUACCUUUCUCUCCCCCGCCCCCCUCUCUCUCUCUAUCUAUCUGUGCACAAGUAGUGAUGAGUGUUAUUGAUGAUGAAUUGAAUUGAGAGACCGAGACCACUCUUGUGCUUGAAUCUACCAUGGCCUAAAAAGUGAGGGGAAAAAAGCAGAAUUCUAUACCUUCCCAACCCUCAAGAACAAGUAGCUUGAGGGAGAACAUGCUUUCAAAGAGACAACUUGCUUUUUCCCUUUUCAUAUGACCUAGCUUAUGAGUAGUAGUAGUCCUCCUGGGAGCUUGUUUAUUUGGGAAUAGUGGCGACGACAACGUACGAUCGAGUAAUGUUUUCUUAGCAGACAAAUAAAAACAAUGACUUGCAGCAGUGAUUCUGGGGAGGAUCGUCCAGCAAGAUUGUUUGCUCAGAACAGUGGCGGUAAUAAUAAUAAUAAUUCUGUGACCAUAAAUGAGAUUACCAGACGUAGCGGAAUGAGGGCUUGUCCUUCCUGUGGCCAUCCGAUCAAGUGUGAGCAAAAGGCUGGAAUUCAUAAUCUGCCGGGGUUGCCUGCUGGAGUGAAGUUUGAUCCAAGUGAUCAAGAGAUUCUUGAACAUUUGGAGGCUAAGGUCAGCUUGGAUUCUCACAAGCUUCAUCCUUUAAUUGACGAGUUCAUCCACACCCUUGAAGGAGAAGAUGGAAUUUGCUACACCCAUCCUGAAAAGUUACCAGGAGUGACGAAAGAUGGUUUAGUCCGGCACUUUUUUCACAGACCAUCCAAAGCUUAUACGACCGGUACAAGAAAGAGAAGGAAAGUGCACACGGACGUGGACGGGAACGAAACCCGGUGGCACAAGACCGGGAAGACGAGGCCGGUGGCGGCGAAAGGCAUGGUGAAAGGGUACAAGAAAAUACUGGUGCUGUACACCAACUACGGGAAGCAAAGGAAACCCGAGAAAACCAACUGGGUGAUGCACCAGUACCACCUGGGAGACGACGAGGACGAGAAAGAAGGCGAGCUCGUGGUGUCAAAGGUUUUCUACCAAACACAACCUAGACAAUGCGGUUCUCUCCUCAGGGAUUCUCCUCCUCUACUUCAGGCGGGGCCGCCCGCCGGACGAAAGCCCGGCUCUCAUCUUAGGGAAGCUUCAACAAUGGUGGAAUCCUUCAACCCAACUCUCAUCUCCUUCGAUCAAUUCGACCAUAAUCGUCCCACUUCUCGACUCCUCCCAACUUUCAACAUGCAUGACACUUCUUUCAUUCCUUAAUUAUUAGCUUACUUAAUUUUAACUGUCUCUGAUCUUUUCUUAAGGUCUUAAAAUAUAUGUUGAUGGGAUAGAUGAUGAUGAUGAAGAAGUUAACUUGAAGCAGUUAUGGUGGUGAAUAAGUUAACUUACUGGGGUGGUUAGGGGGGGAAGAAUAAGGGGGAGUGAGCAGAAUAAACUUCUGAUUUAAGGUUGGAAUUGAAGUUGAGGCUCAACCCUAAUAGAUCGAGUAAUUAUGAUAUCUUAAACUUUCUGAAAUGGAAUUUUUUUUUAAUUAUAAUGCAUGUUUUAAUUACUUUGUACAGUAGUAAUGCAGAAGUGGUUAUGUACACGGCUCAGGAUUUAUGAUCCAUUGACUGGCAGAGUUAUCAUAAAAGAUCAAGUUCAAGUGUACAAAGAUACUCCAGAUGAUAUAUAACUUAAUGUAUUAUUACUUUUAAUGUUCGUUGUU